AUGUCUCGCACCGACGAGGUCCACCGCAUGACGGAAAAUGUCUACAAGACCAUCAUGGAGCAGUUCAACCCAUGUUUGCGGAACUUUGUGGCCAUGGGGAAGAACUAUGAGAAGGCCCUUGCCAAUGUGACAUUUGCUGCCAAAGGCUAUUUUGAUGCUCUGGUCCGAAUGGGCGAGCUGGCCAGUGAAAGCCAAGGAGCCAAAGAUUUAGGGGAUGUGCUGUUCCAGAUGGCGGAGGUCCACAGGCAGAUCCAAGUGCAGCUCGAGGAGAUGCUAAAAUGCUUCCACAACGAGCUUCUGUCUGAGCUGGAGAAGAAGGUGGACCUCGAUGCCCGCUAUCUCACUGCGGCUCUGAAGAAAUACCAAGUGGAGCACAAAAACAAAGGGGACAGUUUGGAGAAGUGCCAGGGUGAACUCAAGAAGCUGCGUCGGAAGAGCCAGGGCAGCAAGAACCCAUCCAAGUACGGAGAGAAGGAGAUGCAGUUUGUGGAGACCAUCAGCGGUAAACAGACAGAGUUGGACUCCUUCAUCGCUGAGGGCUACAAGACCGCUCUGUCCGAGGAGCGCCGUCGGUACUGCUUCCUCGUGGACCGUCAGUGCGCUGUGGCCAAGAACAGCAGUGCAUACCAUGGCAAGGGUAAGGACCUCCUGACACAGAAGAUCCCUGUAUGGCAGCAAGCUUGUUCAGAUCCAAACAAGCUGCCAGACCGAGCCAUGCUGCUGGCCCAGCAGAUGGGCUCUGCUGCCCUGGGGGGAACCAGCCCCUUGCACACCUCCAAAUCCAACCUGGUCAUCUCGGACCCCAUUCCAGGAGCCACGCCUCUCCCUGUGCCUCCAGAGCUAGCCGUCUUCAUGGGAAGUGGCCUCGGACAUCCUGCAAGGCUGAUGGGUCCUGACGGCAUGACCAUGGUGAAUGGGACGACAGGUGUCCAUGGGGAAGAGUUCUGGCAAGAAGGGGGUAGUAUGAGCGUGUCCCAGGUGCGCCCCGCCUCGCCCCAGACCCAGGCCCCAGGGCCCUCCCAGCCACAGCCUCAGAGACAGGUCAGCGACGUGUACUCCAACACGCUGCCCGUGCGCCGGCCUCAGCCUGCCAAGAACAAGAACCCUGUCGGUGAGACUCGAACCCUGCCGAGAUCCAGCUCGAUGGCCGCCGGUCUGGAGAAGAACGGCCGCGCCCGCGUUCAGGCCAUCUUCUCCCACGCUGCGGGAGACAACGGCACCCUGCUCAGCUUUGCAGAGGGCGACAUCAUCACGCUCCUGGUGCCUGAAGCUCGCGACGGCUGGCACUAUGGCGAAAACGAGAAGAACAAGAUGCGAGGCUGGUUCCCGUUCUCCUAUACUCGAGUUCUGCCCGACAGCGAAGGUGAUAAGCUCAGAGUGAAUCUACACCAUGGGAAAAGCAGCAGCACAGGGAACUUGCUGGAGAAUGACGGUUCAAUUCCAACGCCCGACUAUGGCCUGACCGCGCGGCUGCUGGCUCAAAGUCUGGCACAAACUCGCCCCCGGCCCUACAGCAUGGCAGGCUUCGGCACACAGCCUGCUAUCGAGGAUUAUGACGGCCGCUUUGCCACAAGUUUGGGUCCCGAAUUGUCCCGGUUCUAA